AUGUCAGGUGCUGUGAAUCCCAUCAUUCCAGGCUUUGCGCCUGACCCUUCCGUGGUCAAAGUCGGAGAGUGGUUCUACCUGGUCAACUCCACCUUUCACCUCUUCCCAGGCCUUCCAAUCUAUGCAUCUCAAGACUUGGUGUCGUGGAAACACAUCGCAAAUGCGAUCCAUCGUCAAUCUCAACUCAGCCUGGGACAAUCACAGGCCAUCAUCUAUCCCGAAGGAGACAACAAGCACGUAAUUGGGAGCGGAGGUCUCUACGCGCCCACCAUCCGCUAUCAUCAGGGUACGUUCUACGUAAUCUGUACCAAUGUCGUUCGGCGUCCCGGAGAAGAGCGAGAUGCGACCGAAAACUUCAUUGUCUCGACCCAAGACGUUUGGAACGGGGAAUGGUCUGAUCCCGUCUACUUUGACUUCGAGGGCAUUGACCCCAGUCUCUUCUUCGACGACGAUGGGAAGAUCUACAUGCAGGGCUCGGGCGGCAUUGGACCCAGCACCACCAUCAACGUCUUUGAGAUUGACCUUGCGACCGGUGCAAAGUUGUCUGAAGAGCAAGUGGUCUGGCGCGGAACUGGCGGCAUCUACCCCGAGGGACCACACUUGUAUAAACGCAACAAUUGGUACUAUCUGCUGACCGCGGAGGGAGGUACCCACGGCGGGCAUACCGUUGUGAUGGCACGGUCGCAGAACAUUUGGGGUCCGUACGAAUCCUGCCCCAGCAACCCUGUCCUGACGGCUCGCGGCACCAAAGAGUAUAUUCAAUACACCGGACACUGUGAGAUCUUUCAAGACGGCGAAGGCCAAUGGUGGGGGACCUGCUUGGGUGCUCGCUUGGACGAUGCCGGCAGGACUCCAAUGGGACGUGAGACCUUUUUGAUGCACGUCGACUGGGAUAACGACUGGCCCAUCUUCGAGCAGGUUACGUCGAACCCGAAGGGUCUCACUGCGGCCAGUACGGCGCCGUGUCCGACAGCGAAGCCUGGUCUCGACUUCCUUUAUAUUCGAGAUGCUGCUAUGAGUCGUUACAGGCUCACUGGGUCCGACUCGGUAUCUCUGCGUGCCUCUUCCGUGGACUUUUCUCACGCAGAGGCCAGCCCGACCUUCAUUGGGAAACGUCAACGCCUGUUGACUGGGUCCAGUAGCGUCACACUCCAGGGCGUUCAAGACUCGUGGGCAUCCUCAAAGCUUCGGGCAGGACUUGCCCUGUAUAAGGAAGAGCAUCGAUUCAUCCGGAUCUACUACGACUCUUCGGCGCGUGAGGUGGUCUUGGAAGUCAUCAAUGCGGCCAAUAAGUUGGCAAGGACCCAAAAGGACACUCUUGCACAGGUACCCGCCAGUGUCAACUUCCGAAUUGAGUACACGGAAAGCGAAUAUCAAUGGAUGUACUCCGUCUCGGCUGGACCUUGCGAAGACUGGAAGUUGUUGGGCACGGCUGACUCGAUGGAAAUGACUGAUCCUGAUUUUACUGGGCCGAUCAUCGGCGCUUUUGCGGUCGGAGAGACCGAGGACGUGGAAGUUCAGUUUGAAAGACUUUCGAUUGAUUAA